AUGAUCAGUCACUUCAACCUUCAGAUUAGAUGUUCAUCUUGGAAGGAUAGAAGGAACCGCUUCAAUUGGCAGUGGACCUUGUCACCAACAGCCGUGAUUCACGCCACGUAUGUCAAGGUAGGGAAGGCCUACAUUGAACAUGUACUGGAGCGUACUGGCGGUUUGACUAUUGAGCAGAUGGAAGAGAUAUAUGAAGUUUUGUGGACCUGGUUGAGCACAAUUCCUCUGCCAGAUAAAGGAGAUCUUGACACAAUACAAGAUUUGGGUAGAAAUUUCCUCAUGAAGGCCAUCGUCGAUCGUCUGACCGAUUCGAUCUAUGAAAUGGCCGUGGUGAACUUCCCGAAAUCUUAUCCUACUCUAUCAACUCUUCGAAAGUGCAUGAUCAGCGUACAAGAGUAUGGUCGAGAAAAAUUGGUCAAUACACUAAUAGAUGACGUCGAAUCAAAGCUCCUCCACAUUGCUGUCGACACGCCGGCCAUCCUCAAUGGUUAUUCACUCUGUGUGGAAUCCCUUCGAGAAUUGGACCCAUCCUGUGUGAUAAUGCAUCGCGUAUGUAAAGUCAUCAAAGAGUACCUGAAAAGGCGACCAGAUACUGUUCGGCAAAUUAUCAAUUAUAUAACCUCGGAGAAACGCGAUGAUCUUGCAGCACAUUUGGCUAACAGAUGUGGCACAAUUGUAGAUGAAGAUGAACUAAACGAUGCUAAUGAUGAUUUCCUACCUGAAGCUAUGAACUUAUCACAGUGGCGGCACUGGAUGCCUGAUCCGAUAGAUGUCAGCCCUGGGGAGAGCGGUCGAUUCCGCCAGGCUGCUGAUGUCUUCAAUAUGCUUGUCUCGGUCUAUGGCAGCAAGGAGAUGUUUGUUAAGGAAUAUCGCCAAUUGUUGGCAGAACGGCUCACAAGCAGUAAUACUAAAGACUGUAUUCCAGUAUCUGCAUGUGUGAUCUCCUCUCAUUUCUGGCCGAAAAUUCACUCGGAAACAGUCCCUGAGUUCCCACUUGCACUAGAAGAAGCUCUUGCGGAGUAUGAGAAAUCUUUUAUGGAUCAUAAAGGAAUCACGUCGCCUCCAGUGGUUGCGGGCUGUUGGAACGUUAUUUCCCUAUUACCUGAACCAUUUAAUCCUUUCAGAUGUGUGGAAGUUACUCUGAAACUCGGAGAAGUCGAAGUGGAUAAGGUGGUGCCGAAUCCUAUAGCAGCCGUCCUCUAUCUGUAUUUGGAGAAAGAAAGCUGGACCGUAUCUGAAGUGUCAGAACGACUUUCAAUCUCCAAGGGAGUUGCUCGACGGCGUUUGGAAUGGUGGCGUUCUCAAGGUCUCUUGAUACAGAAUCUACCAACGGGUGCAACCGCAGAAGAGUGGUCUUUAGCAACCAAUCCCAAUCUGCUGGCGACAUCACGAGGAGCCGCGGAUGACGAAUCUGAUGAGGACGAAGGUGCAAUAGAGGAGACGUCUGAUGCAAUAGAUGCGCUGGAACAGUAUUGGAGUUACACGAAGAACUUUAUUGCUAAUCACGAUAAUGGGGAGGUGAAAGCGGAACGUAUGCAUCGCAUCUACCGCAUGUUCUCCUCUCCAUCGGCUCAAGGACCGUCUCUGGAAACAGUCACAGCAUUUCUGAUGAAGAAAGUGAAGAUGAACCUCCUCACAUACAACAACGGAUUCUUCCGUGUCGUCAAGGAGAGCACCAGCAAGACGGGAGAGCGGUGA